AUGACUGAUACAGAUGGAUCCCAGUCUUCUGGCUCCAAUUACCCUGAUGGAGAAGAGCUAACGAGUGGUUGGCAGGAAGAACCUCAUAAGAUACAUGCAUGUGAAACACAUACACAAAUGGAGCGUUCACGUUCAAGGCAAAAGAAUGAUUCUUCUGAGGAAUCUUCAGAUGAGCUUAACAUAUAUAAAUCAUCAGCUGCUUCAGCUGAGUUUUUACUGGACAGCAGUGAUUCAGAAAUUGAUGUCUCUGCUGCUGGUGGCAGCGGGUACCAUCCCAAGUGUUCCACUGCACCUGCAAAACGAAAAAGGAAAUCCAAGUCUUCAAGGCAACAAGUUGAAGCUGUUGCAGGAGUGUCUGACAAUGAAAGCUCCUCAGAUUCUUCUCUGUCUCCUCAAAGUCCACCAAAACCAUCGGAAACUUCAAAGAGGCCCAAGUCAAAAUUCAAUUUGAAAGCCAUUUUUGACUAUCACUUCAGGGGGAAAAAGUUUAAGGCUGCUGCACACCGAAAAUACAUGGAUGGCUCAGGAAAGAGGAGGAAGAAGACGAAGUAUGUGAGCACACAGAUGCCUGUGGGGAGACCACCACUGACGGCCUCACGUGAAGAGCAAAAGAGAAGGCUUCUAGGCAGAGGUGUUCAAUUCCCUUUUGUUCAAAAACAUUAUGGGAAGAAACAUAUUCCCCUGAAGAUGGUUCUUGGCUAUGAGCAAGCAGCUCUGAAGGGAUAUUUCCGGUACAUUGAAAUGCUUAAAUAUGAAGAACAUCUUAAGAAAGCUUUAAAAGCCCUUCAGGCUAGUGAAGACUUGGAAAGAGAAUGUCUGAUGGAACGGAAACACAAAUACUUGGAUGAUGAAGGCCCCAUUUCCCCUAUUCAGGAGACAAAUGAUAAUGACGACAGCUUGAAUCCUGAUAAUCAAGAUGACUUUGGUGCCAGAGUAGUGGAGAACAGCUCGUUUAUUCUAAGCAGCAAAAUUCCCAGUAAGAAAAAAUCAAAGCCAGUAAAGAAACGUGCAAAAUUAACUGAAGUGAUUGAAGUAGAGGAGGAAUAUGAUGGCUCAGGUAAAAAUAGUCUACCUUUAAGAUCAUCAAGUCCAACCAUUACCCCAGGGCUGCCAAGACUACCACUAAAACAUAUCUCUCAUAGUUUCAUAUUAAGCGCAUCUGCAUGUGGGAGGCCUGAGAAACCCCACCUGAGUGCCACCAAAGUGAGUCUGAAGGUGAGUGCUUCGCAGAAUGUUGGUGUUACAGAGAAACUUGAGGUCACUUCAAAGAGGGUUUGCAUGGCUGAGAAACCAGCAGCUCUUAACGCGGUGACCGCACAUUGA